AUGCUCCCCCUAUUCGCAAAUAUUGGGGGUGCACUCGGGCCCAUCAUGGGAGGGGCUCUAGCUGAUCCUGUACACAACUACCCUGGAUUAUUUAAACCAGGAUCUCUUGGGUGGGUAUCUAAAUGGCCCUACGCUAUCCCGAGUCUUGCUAGCGCUCUACUGUGUUUGUUCACAGCAGCAGUGGUUCUUCUGGGCUUGGAUGAGACACAUGAAGCAGCUCGUCAUCGGACAGAUCGUGGACGUCAAGCAGGAAAAGCAAUCGCUCGGUGGCUAGGCUCUCAUCAAGAGGACUACCAAUACAAACCAUUAGGAGAUUGCCCAAUCACUGAUCGUGUGGAAACUGUUGAAAUUGGAGUUGAGCCUUGCCCUCUUGAACCACCCAAAAAACCCCGCUUCUUGGGUCUAGGCACAUCAACAGGGCUCGCCAUAUUCCUAAUGCCGAAGGUGUGGUUGACUUUACUGUCACGAUUCCUGUUCAAUUUCCACGCCGUAACAUACAACACUCUCUCCCGCAUUUUUCUCCCUGCCCCCCGUGCUUCACCGCUCAUUCAUCAUGGAGCCUAUUUUGGAGGCGGCCUUGGAUUGACGACCGCGCAAGUUGGGCUAGCGAUGUCCAUCUCGGGGCUUCUUAUUCUUCCGCUUUCCCUCGUUGUAUACCCCCGCAUCUCGAACCGACUGGGAAUCUUACGCUGCUAUCUCAUCUUCUUACCAGUCGGUCUCUUUCUGUAUACGCUGACCCCGUUCCUGGUGUUUGUUCCGAACCAGACCGUAUUCGUUUGGAUUUCCUUGGUUGCAGCUAUGUUUCUGAAAGCCGUUUCGCGUACAUUCACGGGUCCGGCUUCGACUAUAAUUCUGAAUAGCUGCGUGUCGGACCCCAGUGUGCGAGCCACCGUGAACGGGGUUGGAUCAAGCAUUAACAGCCUCGCCAGCACCAUCGGUCCAGUAUUUGGGGGCUGGGGGUUGGGCCUGGGAUUAAAAUACAACUUGGUUGGUGCACCGUGGUGGGGACUGGCGAUGGUGGGAUUGGCACAGUGGUUGAUUUUGUGGAAGCUGCAGUAUAUGGACUAA